GAAGCACUGACUCGACUGUAACGUAUGCCGAAUCACUUAUAUCAAGGUUUCACGAACGGAAUGUUGGUUUUCGAAUACGUAGUGGCACGGAAAGUGGAGACGCUAUACUAAAUGGACCCAUGAUUUGACAAACGAAGAUUUGAAAUUGCAGGUGUAUACGUCGCAUGGGCCCACUCUUAUAGCUCCUACAUGGUUCAUCUCAAGAAAACUCUUUUCUGCGGUAGGCGGUUUCAAAGACGACGUGCGCUUUGGGUUUCCCGAAGAUCUCGAUUUUUUCUACCGUGCAUUAGACAUCGAUGAUGUUGCAUUCUCUAAAGUAUGUAAACCCCUAGUGAACUAUCGUUCACUCCGGAUGUGCUUCUUUUGGUGUUUCCGAAGCUGCUAUAUGGAACAUGCGUGUGGAAUCUGCGCUCUUACAUUCCCAAAGAAGAUCAAACGAGCAUGGCUGGAGGAUUAUGACGAAAAAGCACGAGUAGUUCGGUGGAAACUACCCAUUGUUCAUGUGAAGCUGCGUAUUAGCAUCGAAAGAAUGUGGCAAGAUGCCCGUGACAUCUUCGCUCAAGUUCGUGAAGCUACCUCGGAAUUCGAAGAUGUUUGGAUGAAUAUAACUAUGUAUAUAUCGAACUUGGACAAUAUGUCCCUGCUUUGCAAAUGUGAGUUUAUGGCGCUCCUCGCUGUUUUGUUUCAUAUUGCACAGAAUGCUUUUUUGAUCUUUUUGUCAUUUUCUUACCAUGUUAAAACCAUAUGUUUGUACUGUGGUGUUACAAGGUUCUUUUUGCAACUAGGAAAUUAGCUUUUCUUUGAAUAUUCUUAUCUCUAAUUCCUAGUAUGGUUUUUGUAAUAUGAAUUAACUGUUGUACGUAUGCUG